AUGCGUGGUAUUCUCCCUGGGCGACCCCAGGCUAAGCUCCAAGCUGUCGCUCAUGGCCUGUGGGAAGGCCUUCAGAUAAUCGUCUACAUCUCCGGCAAUGCGCUCAUUGUGCUCGAUCGACCCGACCACGUCCUCCAAACUAUCUACAUCGACGAGGAAUUCGAGCUUGAAGCGGUCGCAAUCGAUGAAGGCACUGGCAAACUCGCAGCAUGCUCGACGCGACGUAUUUACAUAUACCGACCAUAUGGGCAAGAUGAGGGGGCUGUCAAGUGGUCGCAACAGGGCAGCAUGUCCCUUUCCGACGCUGAUGAUUCAAUAGCGACUCUUUCAUGGGGCAUGCCCGACGAAUUGCUCGCCGGCAGCGCAUCUCUCACCCUCUUCAACACCCACAGCGACAUUGAACGUAUAUGGACAAAGCAACUGGCGAAUCCUGUCAAAUUCGCCCACUUCUCGCCUGAUGCCGAAUUGAUAGCUUCGACAGGAAGAUACGACCGGCUCCUGAAAAUAUGGCGACGCACAUCCUUCGGUUCGGCAGACCAGAGGUUCGACUACUUCUACCUCCCACACCCCAAACCCAUUACCGGCUUGCACUGGCGGCGCCCGCACCACAAGGAUCAAUCCGCGGACAACGUACUGUACACAAUAUGUGCCGACCAAAAAGUGCGAGUCUGGGUACCGGGAGAACACCAUGGAGUAGAUGGCAUGCACAUGUGGGCAGACGUGGAUCUUGUCGAGUCGAUAAUGACACAACAUGUGCCGUCGGAGCAGCAGUCGACGAAGAGAUAUGCCUUCUUUAUCGAUGGCAAACACUUUGCACACGCAACGGAAAGAGCGAUGGAACAGGCCUCAGCAGAAGAGAAAGAUCACGGCAUUGCGCUGCAUCACCUGAUAGAAGUCGCGAACCGCAACCCUGAGAUUUGCGUGGUGCUAGAUGACAGAGGCAAUAUGUCCGCGUGGGGGUUGGAGAACGUGGGGGCAAAACAGAAGAAGGUCACCGACGUGUUUAACAUUGCGCAUGUCGAUGGACUGCAUCUACACUUCGCCAAGGAGCCAAAGGCCAUUGAGGACAAUGUUCAAUUCUACGCUUUCAUCGGCGAUAAAUCCGACUCUGAGUUGACACUGCUAUCGCAUCACUUUGACGGGCGGAUUGAAUGGCUAGAGUCACGCAUCGACUACUUGUUCGACCCUUCAUCACAACCACAACGCAUUCAGCGAAAAGCCAUGUGGACAGGCCAUUCGCAUGCCAUCAAGAAGGUCAACCGUACAGCUAGCGGUAGGGCCUUGGUAUCGCGAACCACCACUGAUGAAUGUAUUGUAUGGUUACAGCGACAGAGCGAUCAGGGCAUGACACUACAUCGGCAUAGCAGUGUCAAAGUGACUGAGCAUAUUCACCGCACAGCUCUCUUACAAGAGGGUAACUUUGUUGUCUUUUUACAUCAUGAUGAGAUUUCGCUCUGGGAUACCCGCGGCCAUGAAGCAGUUGAGAUGACGCGUUCCACAUACAAGCUACAGGGCAAGCCUUUGUGCCUGCUAGUCAUACCCGAGGUUGAAGCGGGCGGAAAACGCAUACACAUCGCCACUAUCAGUGCCGAGAUGAAGGGUAUCUGUUGGGAGGUUACACUGCCAACACCAGAGCGUAGCUCAGUGACUGGUCGCAAGCAUUCUGCCAUUGAGGAUACCAAUGGCUUCACCAACGGUCAUUCGGAGAUCGUACUCAAGGAACUUUCAACAUUUGACCUUGGAUCGGGUGAUGAUCUUGCCUUUGUACUACCCGUAGAUCCUGCAGGCACGGCACCAGUCAUCUCAGGGUUCCUCGACACAUUUGCGCGAGACGUAGCUAUCUCAUAUACAAAGUCUGGAAUCAUCAAGUCGUGGACUGCGCGCGUCAACGUCGAAGAUCAGAAGUUAGACUGGCUAUUGACUUCCGAGGUCGAGACUGGCGUGAAGAGCCCAUCGCUUGCUAGUGGCACGUCCAUACGUAAAGCUGCGUUGGUCGAUGCUGAUCGAACGACGCUUACUAUCUGGAACACGCGAAGUGCUCAAUUGGAGUAUGAGGAGAAAUUUGAGGGCAAUGGCAUCAUCCAAGAUCUUGACUGGUCUUCUACACCUGACAACCAGUCCAUUCUUGCUGUUGGGUUUCCCCAUCGAGUCGUCAUCUACGCUCAGCUCCGAUACGACUAUCUCAACGCCGGCCCGUCGUGGGUGCAAAUUCGCGAUGUACGCAUUCGCGACAUCACACCCCAUUCGAUUGGCGAUUCAGUAUGGCUCGGCAGUGGUAACCUGGUCAUCGGCGCAGGCAACCAGCUCUUCAUACAAGACGAGAAUGUCCUGGUGUCGGAAGGGCUAUUCCCUAGCUUGCGUACAAUCUCACGUAAGACUGCAUCUAUCGAUAUCUUCAAUGCAGUUAGUCGACUCAACGGCCCUCUUCCCGCGUACCAUCCCCAGCUACUCUCGCAAUGCGUGCUGGCUGGUAAGCUGUUAUUGGUUCAGCGCAUCUUGAUACGUCUCUACACUACGCUCAAGUUUUGGAUCGAAGGUGAGGAGCUAGACAGCUCGUUAGGGUUCGCACCUGAAGACUUCUCAGAUGCUGAGGCUCAAAUGACUGCAUCGCGGAGGAAGGUUAGUACGUCAUAUGCCGACUUUUCAGACGAUAGCGAACCUGAGGCUGUCACCGAAGAAGUCGCCUCCAACCUCAAAGAACUCUUGACCACUAAGCGAAUACCGCUCUUGUCCAGUCGCGAACAGUUUCGCUUAGCAGACGUUAUCGAGUGUAUCGGUAUGGUUGAGAAGCAUCGUCGAUCGAUUGACGAUAACGCUGGACGCUUCUUGUUGUUCUUCCGUCAGCACGUACUGAGCGAAACUCACAAGGGUCCCAUAUCGUGGCGUGAGAUCAUCUGGGCGUUUCACUCGGGGAGUCAGGAUAUCCUCGUUGACCUUGUGAGCAGACACUUCAGCGGUAAGAUGAUGUGGCAGCACGCAAAGGAAUGCGGAGUGUUCAUGUGGAUGUCCGACAUCAACGCAUUGCGCGCCCAAUUCGAAGUCAUCGCUCGGAAUGAAUACACCAAGACCGAAGAGAAGAACCCCGUCGAUUGUGCACUCUACUAUAUGGCUCUCCGGAAGAAACCAGUACUGGUGGGCCUUUGGCGCAUGGCUACUUGGUCAAGAGAACAAGGCGCGACCUACCGCCUCUUAUCCAACAACUUCAAUGAAGAGCGGUGGAAGACCGCUGCUCUCAAAAACGCGUAUGCACUCAUGGGCAGAAGAAGAUUCGAGUACGCAGCAUCCUUCUUCCUCCUGGCAGACCAUCUCCAAGACGCCGUCAGCGUCCUACACAACCAACUCGGCGAUACACAGCUGGCUAUAGCAGUCGCCCGCGUUUACGGCGGCGACGACUCACCCGUCUUGUUAGACUUCUUGAGGAACAAGAUCCUGCCACAGUCCGCUAGAGAAGGAAAUCGAUGGCUAGCAACAUGGGCAUACUGGCUGUUGAACAAAAAAGACAUGGCUGUCCGCUCGCUAGUCACUCCAUUAACUACUCUACUUGAAAGCUCCGAGCCACCCACUUCGGCCGCGAAAUCUUACCUCACUGACGACCCGGCGCUGGUGGUGUUGUACAAGCAGUUGCGUGAAAAGUCGCUGCAGACACUACGCGGCGCCACCAUGAUUGGAAUGCGCGAGGAAUGGGAUUUUGUGCUGCACACGGCUGGGUUGUACGAUCGUAUGGGCUGUGACGUCCUGGCGCUCGAUUUAGUCCGUAGUUGGGAAUUCUUACUUCCGCCACCGACGAUGACAACGACGACUUCGAUGAUGAAAGGAGGAGGAUCUGGAAGACCGCCGCUUAGUCCCGAGAUGCCAAGGCAGAGCUUUACAUCGCAAGGGACGAACCUGAAUUCUGCGACGGACUUUGAUUUCGACCCUAGGAAGUUGCUGAGGAGGAGAAGCUCGCUCGUUGUGGCGGAUUUGCCGGUGCGAGAACAUGCACAUAAUGACCUUGCUGAGAGUAAAGGUACGCUUGAAGAAAGUAGGGAGAGUGAGGAAGAGGGUAAUGAGGAGGACGAAGAGGAGAAUAAAAUUGAAGAGAAGCACAAGGAGGAGCCGAAGAAGAAACCACCCCCAACUCAGUUUAACGAACCGGAUGCGAACAGUUUGUUGGAUGCUUUUGGCUUUUAG